AACCUAAUCAGAAAUAAAGACUCUGAGCACCAUCGCUUUUCCUUCCAUCUGAAAUCAGAUCCAAUAUCCAGUACUUCAACUUCCGUGUGUUGCAGCCAUGGCCAACAGUGACCAAAUAGUUCUGUUAGAUUUCUUUCCAAGCGUUUUUGGGAUUAGGGUAAGACUUGCCUUGGCAGCCAAGGGGGUCGAGUAUGAGGGAAAGGAAGAAGACUUGACUGGAGGUAAAAGCUCUCUGCUCUUGAAGAUGAAUCCAGUUCAUAAAAAGAUUCCCGUUUUGAUUCACAACGGUAAGCCCAUAUGCGAGUCCUUGAUAAUAGUUGAAUACAUUGAUGAGGUUUGGAAGGAUAGAUGUCCUCUGCUGCCAUCUGAUCCUUACCAAAAAGCACAAGCAAAGUUCUGGGCUGACUUCAUAGACAAAAUGGUAUACCCAUGCAGUAAGAAGCUGUGGACAGCCAAAGGAGCAGAGCACGAGGCCAGCAAGAAGGAAUUCCUAGAUAGGAUUAAGCUAUUGGAAGGAGAGCUUAAAUCCUAUCCUUACUUUGGUGGUGAGAGCUUGGGGUUUCUGGACAUUGCUUUUCUCCCAUUUUACUCCAGGUUCUACACAUUUGAGGCUUUUGGGAACUUCAGCAUAGAGGCCGAGUGUCCCAAAUUGGUGGCAUGGGGUAAGAGGUGUAUGGAGGAGGAGUUCGUGUCCAGAUCUCUUCCUCACCCACAUAAGAUGUAUGAUUUGGUGGUGGAGUUCACGAAGAAAGUUGGGAUAUAGAUCACAUAUCAUAUACCUAGCAAAUAUCAUGUUUGGUAAGACUCACUAUCAAUUAGUGUAUUUUUAUGUUUUGGAGUACUGUGCAUCAUCCUAAAGACGACGAUGCAUCCUGUCAGAUCAACCUAGCGAGAUCCUAUGAAUAAGACGAAUGCAUCGUGGAUCAAGUCUGGGCCUCAUGCGCAUGGCCCUACUUUGUCUCUCUGUAAUCACAUGUGUGGUAUUAUGAAAGACAACUAUAUAUUUUGCUACCUCAUGAUUUAAACAUAAACAUAUGGGGUGCAAAACGACAAGUAUAGGCUGUACCCACUAUGGUUCACACUUGAUGGUUAAUGAUUCCUUUCGAGAUAAAACAUUAUGAACUC